AUGGAGCGGGAAAAUAGAUCAUCUUUUAUUGAUAAAGGGAAAUCCAUUGCUAGGGCUGUUACAGGAGAAGGAACUAGCAAGGUUGUUCCUGAUAAGGAUAUGAAGAAAGUGAAGAUUGGCAGUCGGGAACUAACAAGGAUGACAGAAGUUUGUACCAUAAUCUUUGUUGAGGUAUGGGUGUCAUUUAAAGCAGAAAAGUCUUGCAAGAUUUUUAGUUCUAACGCUGGAAUUCAAAAUGAUUUAUCUCAAGGAUUUAUGGAUGAAGGUAAAUGGGAUGAGUUUGGAAACAAUGAAGAUGGGGAAUAG